GCUUCCACGACAAGACUCUGAGCCUUGACGACAGAACCAAAGCCGGUCCAUACCAGCUCAAGCCGUAACUGUUAGCGAACGCCGCCGUACACAGCACCACAAGAUUAAUUACCUAUCAUCCUCGCCUGGCCAAGACGUUGUUGCCUUCUCACACUAGCGGCACGCUCCUGAGUCAGCCGGUACUCCUGAACAACCUCGACCUAACCCAAGCUCGACGCUUCGACCAUCCAACUCCACGUGACAGUCACAAACACCCCGAGAAACAUAAGCUACCUAAAGAAAAAAAAAAUGGACCACACGGCAGACGUACACGCCAUCCCGAUGCCCAGUAUCCCCCUCCACGUCUACGUCGUGUCGGCCCUCUUGGUCUGCUCGCUGCUGCGGUCCCAGCUGCUGGGCAUGUGGCUGACCGGCUUCAAGAAGCCUCUCUGCGCUAUCAACGCGCACCCGUUCGUCUUGUGGUACGUCGAACCCUGGGUGCUGAUACGGAGCUCCAUCUGCUUCCAGAGCCUUGCCGUCUUUGGCAGCCUGGAGUCGUCGACUUCUUCGAGGAGGCAUAUCCACUGGGUUGAGCUCGGGAGCGUCUAA